UUCACACGUCAUCCCAAUGACGUAAUAUCACUGUGAUCCAAUGACAUCAACUACCGCAAUCACCACCGUCCAUUUUCCCAUCACAGUAUAAAGAAAACCCCAAAUCUACGGCAAAACAAAACAUUGAAAGAAAAACAAAAUAAUAAACCAAAUAGACAAACAAGCAAAGCGUUGAAAUCAUCAUGGAAGCUGAUAAGAGGAAACGCCAUUACGACGCCGUAGUGGUGGACGGCAAGAAGAGAGUGAAAGCCGGAGAAGAUGGAGCGGAGACGGCGGUUACGGAGGAUGAGGUGGAGGAAUUCUUCGCUAUACUGAGGAGGAUACAGGUGGCGUCUAAGUAUUUGAAGAAGACCGAAAGUGGCCGUGAGGAUCACCGUAACUUGACGGCGGAGAAAUGGAGACCGUCGUUUGAGUUGGAAGAUUUCGAGGAUGAGGAUAAUAACGGCGCUAAGGAGGUAAAAAACAAGAAAAAGGAGGAGGUUCGGGAAGAGUCCGUGGAGAGAAUUUCGGGUUUGGAUCUGAACUCGGAGCCUCCGGUAUCAGAAGAAGGCGACGAUUUGGAGUGACAUCAGACCUGCAUGCACGUCACGUGCUCAUCAUGUUCGUUUUUUAGUUUGUUUAAAUUCGGAUAUAUAUAUAUAUAUAUAUAGAUACAUAUAUAUUAUUGUGUACUGGUUGUUAACUGUUUGGCUGAUCGUAACAAAAUGCAACUACUAUAUCUCUUUUUCUGACUUUGUAAUCCAGUAUUGAUUGAAUUAUUAUUAUUAUUUUUCA